AUGGAUAGAAUUUACCGGGAGCAGUCGGAGUUUUUCGGCUCACGCGGCCCUAUGCGGCAUACAUUUUCCAAUCCAUAUCAACCGGCGUCGUUCAACUCCAUGGAAGAAUCUCCCACUGGUUCUGCGUUUGGAUAUCCUAGUACUUUCCAGGAUCGACAUGCAUGGGCUAUUCCAAGUCACCAUUAUCUCUUACAGAACGGAUUCCACUAUCCUUUCCACCCGUAUCCAUUGUAUCGCCUGGGACUCAAUUUUCAAGUUACGAGCGGCCGGUCAAUAUCAUCACACACUGCGACAUCGAGUCAUUCGUUUCCAGCGCCGCCGCAUCAUUUACCUCCGCCGUUACAUCCACUGUCGCUGCUGCCAACACGACCAUUGCCAAUAGCAACAAUUGGACAGAGAGAACACUCAGAACUGACCUUAUUUCCUCCGCACUCAAUGAGAUCUUCCGAUCGUUUACCCCAGAGCACGUUCAACUCCGUUUCCACCGCAACGUCACCCAAGUUAUCGGCCAGUAAAAGCGUCAACGUAACAACACAUUCUUCUAGUCCACGCUACGAAAAUGUCAGUCCGUGUACGUCGGGAAAUCUGUCCAAAUGCCAACGGGAAGUAUCCAAUAUCAACGUGCGAUCUUCGAGGCAGCUUUCUUCAGUUACACAGAAGCCUUAUAUCGAAAUCAAAGCUAUUGACGGGGUGUUAAGCAGUGAGAAGAAAGAAAAGAAGAAGCGACUUAACGACGGUGUGAAAAUAACGGAGUCCAAGCAAACUGAACAAGGCAGCAAGGUAAUUAAAUCAAGUAGCCCCAAAGCUGAACGGAGAACAGCGUCGAGAGGGAAGACAAAAUCCGACAAAUUAUACGAAUGCGAAGAAUGUGGUAAAGUUUUGAGUCGAAAAGAAACUUUGGUGCUACACAAGAGAUUGCACACCGGGGAGAGACCAUUCCAGUGUAAUCUUUGUGAUAAAAAAUUCACGGCACUCUCGAUACUGAAAUCACACCAGAUAACACACAACGGCGAAAAAACAUAUCCUUGCAAACUAUGUGGAAAAUUAUUCGCCCGUCCGUCGAGUUUAAAAACCCACCAGACUCUCCACCUCGAGACCAAACCGUACCAGUGCCAAUAUUGCGACAAAGGAUUCAACCAGAAGGCCUUAUUAGAAGCUCACGUACGCCGACAUACUGGGGACACCACAUACAAAUGCUCGGUUUGUGAGAAAGUUUUCAUUCGUUCCAAUAGUUUAGUCAUACACAAGCGAAUACACACCGAUGAACGACCUUACGCGUGUGGCUGCGGGAAAGCUUUUAGAACCAGUGGUCACUUGCGAAGACACAGAAAAAUACACAGUAGGAGACAAAAACGGGAUUCUGCAAGUUUGAACAAUGUUGUCGAUGACGACGUAAGCAAACAAUCAAACGAGUCCGAAACACACGAUUAA